AUGGCAGGUAUUUAUGUUGUUGUUGGUACGGUCGCUCGAGAUACUGCCGGGGCUGGUAUUACAUUAUCUUUUCUAUUAUCUGGUAUCGUGGCCUUUCUUACAGCGAUUAGUUAUGCAGAAUUUGGGGUAGUUAAAUCGAAAGAUAAAACAAACUUGCCACAUCCUGAUGCAUUGGGAGCAAUAAUAAUUAUUGUUGUUACUAUUCUGUUAUCUAUUGGCGUUAAAGAAAGUGCUUACGUUAAUAAUGUAUUUACCAUUAUCAAUAUUGCCACAAUCUUUUUUAUUAUCGUAUUUGGGUUUACUAUUGGUAGUACAUCUGUACUCCCUUGGAAAAGCGAAUAUUAUCCAUUCGGAAUGAUGGGUGUAUUGCAGGGUGCUGCACAAUGUUUUUACGCAUUUACGGGAUUUGAAGCAAUUACAGUGGCUAGUGAAGAGGUUAUAAAUCCAAAACGAAAUGUACCCGUAGGCAUUCUAUCGGCAAUGUUUGCCACUUGUUUAUUGUACAUAUUUGCGUCGACAGCUCUAACAAUGCUUGUGCCAUACUACAAAAUAUCUACCGAAGCUCCAUUUGCCGCAGCAAUUGCUGAACGUGGCUAUCCGUGGGCGAAAAAUUGUAUUGCAAUCGGUACAACAAUAUCAAUUUUAUCACCAUUACUAGCAAGUCUCUAUACAUUACCACGGUGUAUAUUUGCCAUGUCGAAUGAUGGUUUACUCUUCGAAACAUUUGGAAGAACUACACAAAAUGGGAUUCCAUUUAAAGCAACAUUGUUGAGCGGUUUUAUGAGUGCGAUCAUUGUCUUAUUUACAGAAUUAAAGCAAUUGGUUGAGUUUGUUAAUGUUCUUACAUUAGUGUCGUAUGUGACGGUGAAUAUUUCUAUAAUUAUGAUACGUUAUGUUCCAUGCGGACAAAUGACACAUCACAUUGAUAUAGCACAAGAGUUAUUAGAGAAUGAUAAAGAAUUAUUUGAAAAUGUAAAUAUAUUUGAGUCUAAAUUUAAACGAGAUUGUAUUUCGGAACAGCCGAGAGAAAUUGGAACAAUAAAACGUUGUUUUCAUCGUUUGAAUUAUUCAUGUUCACAUGGUAUCGGUUUUUCAAUUCCAAGAUGUAUUUUCAUUAUGACGGGAAGCAUGUUAUGUUUUUCAAUUACUAUUAUUCAUCUACGAUCAUUUUUAUCUUAUUAUUCUUUUUUGUUUUAUACACUUCUCAUAUUAUUGGCAACUAUGACAUUUAUAUCACUUGGAACAAUUGCGUUGCACACACAAACGAUGGAAAAAGUAAAUUUUCAGGUGCCAUGGGUUCCGAUUCUUCCGUCGAUCGCAAUCUGGUGUAAUUUAUUUCUUGUUAUUUGGAUCCCAGCAAUCAAUUGGAUCUAUUUUGUCAUUUGGAAUUCCAUUGGUCUCAUGGUCUACUUUUUGUAUGGUGUCAAUCAUAGUAAAGAAAAUUAUCAACCGUAUAGUGAUUUUGCAAAUUUGAUAAACAAUCAAGAAUUGAUCAAACGAAUGAAUUAA